GUGCCAUCAAUACAAACGUUAGCAUUUAUUUCGCCUCUCCUAUCGUUUGAAUGUCUGAAAGAAUGUGGAGAGAAAUGAAAGACAAAUCUAGUCCUUGCACAAGGGAACUAGAAGGUCGCCCAUUUGGUACAAAAAAGGAAUCUAUUGGCUUCUGCUUACCACGCUCAAGAUCACAGGGAGCUAGAGCUCAACCGACUUCGGGCAAAAGGUGGACUUCACCCUGGAUCGGUCACCAGUCAAUCAUGGAACAUGAGACACAUGAGACAGCGAGACACCUUGUGAACACAAGCAUCAAAGCUGAACUUCACAGGCCCCUCUUCCUGCCUCCUCCCUCAAGGAGACGCACGGACGGACGCCACUCAGGAGCGAAAAGGUGUCCCUGUGUCUAAACCCGUCUCCCCACUCCCCUACUUGCAUUUGUCGACUUUUUUUUUUCUUUUUCUAAUCACAUCGUUGGAUGCUUCAGCUGCCAGUUUGUUGCUCUCCACCACCUGCACUGCAUUGUAAGACUGCCGGAGCAUCACGUCACAUUCCUCUGGACUGGACCUCACCUCCGCUUGAAGGUGCAGCAGGAUGUGCCACGUGAUGCCUACAUGUGGACUACAGACCCUGCUGGCGCUCCUGCUGCUUCACACUGUUAGCCAUGGCCUAACCGAUGCUGACACUGUGGUGAACAUGAGGAAAGUUACCCACCAGCCCAUCAGCGAGGAGCUGUCGAAAACGGUUUUGCUCCCCUGCCUCUUCACCCUACACCCCGGGCCUGGUUCAUCCCACGAGCCGCCCCGGAUCAAAUGGUCAAAGGUGUGGGGCCAACGAGGCUCAGACGGCUCGCAGAAGGAGCAGUCCGUCCUGGUGGCCAAAGACAAUGUGGUCAAGGUGAAGAAGGCCUUCCAGGGCCGUGUAUCUCUGCCUGGUUACAGCGGGAACCGAUACAACGCCAGUCUGGCUCUGAUGGGGUUACGAUCCAGCGACUCUGGUCUUUAUCGCUGUGAGGUUGUGGUUGGCAUCGCUGAUGAGCAAGACAUGGUCCCAUUGCAGGUCAAAGGUGUUGUCUUUCAUUACCGUGCUCCUCCUGACCGUUAUGCCCUGUCCUUUGCCGACGCAAAGAGGGUGUGUGCGGAGAACUCUGCAACCAUCGCAACACCCGGUCAGCUGCAGGCCACUUUCGCAGACGGCUACGAAAACUGUGAUGCAGGGUGGCUGUCGGACCAGACAGUAAGGUAUCCCAUCCAGUCACCUCGGCCAGGUUGCUAUGGCGAUCGUGACGAUGCCCCUGGAGUCCGUAACUAUGGCAAUAGGUUUCCCGAUGAGCUGUUUGAUGUCUACUGCUUCACCAAGGAACUACAAGGUGAAGUGUUUCACUCCGCAGUGACAGAGAAGUUGAACCUCGCCUCAGCCUCUACCCACUGCCACUCUCUGGGAGCCCAGCUGGCCAAUGUGGGUCAGCUCUACCUGGCUUGGCAGGCCGGCCUGGACCAGUGCGACCCUGGGUGGCUGGCGGAUGGCAGUGUGCGCUAUCCCAUCAACGUCCCGAGAAAGAACUGCGGCGGAGAUGAGCCCGGGGUGCGGACGGUCUACAACAACCCCAAUCGGACUGGUUUCCCCGACACCACGGCUCUGUUUGAUGCCUACUGCUACCAAGCCCACCAACCAGCAGGCUUCCAAGCUGCAGAGGCGCUUUCCUUAAUCCAAACCACCAUCCCAGCAGAAAAGUCUGACUCCACAGUCACUGACCCCCAGUCAAGUCCCCCUUUCUCGAAGACUUCUGCUUGGGCUGGCCUGGUGGGCUUGGAUAAAGCACACAUAAACACUUCCUCUGAGAUAUCCGACGAGCAUGUUGUCAUCCACUUGAGGCCUGAACAGAAUUGGGAUGACAAAGAGGACGGUGUCACAACCAGCCAGUCCAGCCAAGAGGAGUUGGACGACACAAAAAGCACCAACGCCUCAGUAUUGCCCGACCUUGAAAACCUGGAAAGCCAUGGAGGUUCUGCCCACGAGGAAGAAGACAAUGCUUAUUUUGACACUUCCACCUCCCAGACUUACACCAGUAAAACAAUACUGACUGACCUUGUUAACACAUUGAUAAAGCCAUUUAAAUACUGGUCUGGUGGUGAGGAGGCGGUGGACGAGGCUGGGAUGGGACCUCCAGUGCCUGGAAGUGAGCAGACGCUGGGAGAAACAUCCAGCAGAAACCAAACAUUAACCAAAGGCACUGAGAGCAAGGGCAGCAGUGACAACGCCAUUAAGGAGCACAAGAGUGACACCUUUGGCCCCAAGCCUCUCACCAGUGGAUUGCCGAGUCCAGAAGAGGGUCUGUCUGAGCAGGAAAAGGAAGUUUUUCCACUCAUUCGAUUAGUGCCUGGAGUUGAAAAUACAGAGCAAAGUGGCUCAACUGCUCAGACGACCAAGGAGGAACAAAUCCUAGACAAGUCUGCUGGUAAUGGGCUCACUGCUGUGUUUCCCGAUGGCAAAUCAACCUCCACUGAGGAGGUCAACUCCUCAGGGCCUCCCAAAGAAAGUCUGGCGUGGGUUGUCAAGUCAAGACAUCGUUCCAGAGUUGGUUCUUCGAAAAAUGUUGCGCAUGUGGACAGGCACCACACCUGGGAGCCCAUGGAAGCCAAAUCGGGACCACUUGAGGUGAUGACCUUACCCAACUCGUUAGUACAGGAGACCGUCGACAACUAUUCCGGUGAGGGGAGUGACCAGGAUGGAGAUGAGGUACAUCCUCAAAAAACUGUCCAGACUGGGACAAAUCAGGAAAAGGAGAUUGAGGGCAGCAGUGAGGUUAGUUUCCCUGGUGAUAUCAAAGUCAGCUUCAGUCCAAAAACAGUAGCUGAACAUACUACCUCAUCUCAGUGGAAGCUCGUGGCGCAACCAAGCACCUCACCUCAAAAGCCAGAAACUGCAGAAGAGGCCAGGGGAGAGAUCUUCUAUGUCCAAAGACCUAAUGACAUUGUCUCAUCUGCUUCUUCUUCACGAAGAGGAGAAAGUGGCUCGAGUGGUGGAUUCACUCCCGUUUUUAGGAAGAACCGAAAAGGCACUGGUAGAAAGUCCAGCCGCAGUGAAGCCAAGAUAGUCACUUCCACACCCGAGGGCUUGAUGGAUGUGCUGACAACCACUGAGAUUACCACAGUGGGACUUGUAACCACAGAGGACACCCCACAGACCAAGCUUGCCACUACAGAAUCCAGUAGACUCGAGGAACCAUCGAUUUCUACCUCAUGGAUUGAGAAGACAACAACCAAUAUGGAGGCCAACUCCUCUACUGAAUUAUCAACAACAGCAACCGUUCAGCUGACAUCCAUGGCUUCGGAUUCCAAGGAUAUUGUGACAGAAAUGGAAUCUAGGUUGGCCGUUUCUGAAUCUUUUGUGUUUGGAAGUCAAUGGACACCUUCCCAAGGCUUGAGUCCAAAGUCUGAGGAACACAAGACUCCGGUGCUGACGGACAGCAAAGGACCAAGCAACCCUUUUGGCAUCCUCGUCCCCAACUGGGCUUUUGGGCUCAUUCCAUCAGUGGAGAAUAACCCGUGCCAGACCAACCCGUGUCUCCAUGGAGGGAGCUGCCUGCAGGAGGGCGAUGGCUACAGCUGCUACUGCCCACAGGGCUUUUCAGGGGAGAGCUGCGAAAUUGACAUUGACGACUGCCACUCCAACCCGUGCCAGAAUGGAGGAACCUGCAUUGAUGAGAUCAACUCCUUUGUGUGUCUGUGUCUUCCCAGCUACAGCGGCGCCACAUGCGAGAAAGACACCCAAGGCUGUGAUCACGCAUGGAGGAAGUUCCAUGGCCACUGCUAUCGGUACUUCAGUCGCCGACACACCUGGGAGGAUGCUGAGAAGGCCUGCAGGGAGCACAGCGGUCACCUGGCAAGCAUUCACAGCCCGGCCGAGCAGCACUUCAUCAGAGGUAUAAGUCACGACAACACCUGGAUUGGCUUGAAUGAUCGCACAGUGGAGGAUGACUUUCAAUGGACAGACAAGAUGGACGUGCAAUACGAGAACUGGCGUGCGAACCAGCCUGACAACUUCUUUGCGGGAGGAGAAGACUGCGUGGUCAUGAUCUCUCACGAGAACGGCAAAUGGAACGACGUGCCGUGCAACUACAACCUGCCCUACGUGUGCAAAAAAGGCACAGUGCUGUGCGGCGCCCCUCCACAAGUGGACAACGCCUUCCUGAUCGGUCGCAAGCGUUCCCACUAUGACAUCCACUCCACAGUGCGCUACCAGUGUGUCGACGGCUUCCAGCAGCGCCACGUACCCACGGCCAAGUGUCGCGCUAAUGGCAAGUGGGACAGGCCGAAAAUCAUCUGCACAAAGUCUCGACGGGCCCACCGGUACCGGCGCCACCAUCACCACCACCGACACCAGCAUAAGAGCAGACGGGAGCGCAGGAAGCACAAGCGGCAUGGCCACCGAGACGGAAGGCACCACGUUAUGGAGCAGGACCACAACCAAGUCCACGUGUAGACCAAAAGAAGAUCUCCUCAACCUUCCUCCUUUGCCUGUUUUCCUAUUUAUUACUCCUCCCAUCUUUCUCUUAUACUAUCCUGUCCUAGUUUGGCUCCGCCCACUGUAUCAUAGUGAAUUCAGAGUCCUGCCAAACUGCUGUCAGGCCUCCCCGGGACAAUAGCAAUCCCUUUGUAUCUCUUUUUACCUUCAUUUUGCCCUGUUUUCUUGUCUUGUGCGUCUUGACCCACUUCCUAAAGGAAAAGGACUCAUUUAUUUUUUAAACACUCCUCCAUUUGUUUCUUGGCUUUGGUGGAGAAGGUUCUGCUUUUAUUGUCUGGUGUUGUCUUGUCUUGUGUGAAGACUUACUUACUUACUUACUUACUUACUUGAGGAACACAACCGGUCCGAGUCAGUCGUUUGUCCAUCAUUCAGAACUGGCUUUACGUGUUCUCAUUUCUCAUUUUCUCAUCACGUCAACCUGAAAUAAGCUCACAUUGAGAGGAGGCAAUCACCAGAUGAAGACAUGAGGACAAUUCUGAUUGACAGGGUGUCCAAAAGUCAAGAGUUCUGGCAGAAUUGGAUGGCCCUGUUGUGUUCAAAACAAUUGUCGCUGUCCGGCUGACCAUGUCUUAAAGAAGGAAUAUUAUAUUAUCUCUUUCCUCCUAAUAAUAAUACAGAAAAAGUCACAAUAUUUGAAGAAUGAAGUUGAGAAUGAGAAUUAAGUUGUAAUGGUACGAGAGAAAACCUUAUAUUUUAUUGAUUUUUGGUAGUAUUAUAAUAAUUUCCACUAAAAUAAUGCAAUUUUUGUAGCGAUAUUACUACUUAAUUUUCAUGUAUAAUAACUAUUUUCUCAAUUUUGCAGCUGUUUUUUUCUCACAAAAUGAUCUGUUAUUUUUUAAAACACUAUUAAACAUAAUUAUUAUUAUUUAAACUUUAUUUCUAGCAAGAUUGCUAGCUUAAACAUAUCCCAAACUUUAUUCUCAUUAAAUGAUUUUUUUUUUGCACAAAAUUUUAACUGAAAAAUAAAUAGUUAUUAUUAUUAUUAUUAUUAGUUUUUUAUUUUCUUCUAAUAUUACAACUUUAUUCUAAUAAAACACACACAUGAUAUUUUUUUCAACGUCAACAUCAACAUUAUUUUCAUUAAUUUAUUUUGUAGUUUUUUAAAUGAAGCUAACAUCAUGUAUCUUGGAAUGGUAAAGCUUUAUUCUUUUAACAUUUGGUGUGUUUGCAACUAUGUUUUAACAACAUUUUCAUUUCAUCUUUAUUGUCAUGAAUUAGCAUUUUUUUCCCUUGCAGAAUUCCUGUAGGUUUUAUAUCUUGUAAUAAUCUGAUUAUAUUAAUGUAAUGUGAGCUUUUUUUGCAAAAUUACAACUUGAUUUGUCGUUAAAUUCUUCAUUAAUAACAUAGUAAACAUUUAUUAUUACAUUAAUAGUUUUUUUCUAUUAAUCAUGCAACUUUAUUCUCGUAAAAUUUUGCUUGUUUAUUCUCGCAUUAUUCAGACUUUUUUCUUGUCAUGUUGUUGAAACAGGUUUUUCUCACAUAGGAUAUUUUUUUGUCCAUAUAUCCUAACUUGUUUUACUUUCCAUAAAUUCUCAUGAAUUCUCACUGGAAGAUUGUAACUCUCGACUCUGAGACUUUUGGGACUUUAAUUGUAUCCUUUGUCUUGUGUGACACAACGCUUACCAUCUUGCCAUCCCACCUUUUAUUGGUAAGAUAUUUUUCUUUUUGGUUGAUCAUGGCAGGAUGCUGGGAUGAGCACCUUUUUUACGAUGUGGGGGGCUGGGGGGGUGUUUGUGUGUGUGUGUGUGUGUGUCAGCAAGUAGAUAAGAAGAUGACGGAGAUAAAUGCUUCCUUAUGUGUCGUUCCCGGUUCUAAAGGGGGUAUUGAGUCAGAUAGAAGAAGCAUUGCUUUGCUCCCCUUCACUGACAGGUUAAAAUUAUGUUUUUUUUCUUCUUCUAAAUCCUCCAGUUAAUGCUGCAGCUUGAGGGAUUAUGUCCAAACCACUGACUCCAAUGUUAUCAUUUUCUACUCUUUUCCCUUCCCCUACUUCUUACUUUAAUGCUGUUCUUUAUCACUGCUCCUCACCAGAGACUCAUUUCACCACCUUUACUGUCUUCUUUAUAUCACAUAAAGGAGCACACGCCCCUUUAACCAUCUUUAGUGGUAAAACAGUACACUUUAUUUUGUCCAGCAGCAUCUUUCCACCAAGCGCUGCAGUUCUGGCUUGGUUUUUCAGUGCACAAUAGUGUGACAUCAUAGCAACACAACAGUGUGUAAUGAUUUUGUUGGUGCUUUCUAUUCUUAUCACGUCCCUUUUCCAUUACAUGGUACCUACUCUGCCCAACAUGACUGUAUCACCGAUUAGGGUGCUUUUGGGGGGCAACAGGCGAUACUACUGUAUUGGGACUAAUGAAUGGAGUGACCCAAGCUGUCAUGAAGAAAGAACAACAAAUGUUGGCUGUGCUUCAUUGCUGUUCACUCCUUUUCAAGUUCGAGUUUAUUGUAAAUUAUGUCAAUUUCUUUUAGCAAAUGUAUGAUUUUAUACUACCUAUGACUUGUCUUUUAAUUUUUUGACUAAUAAUUGACACUAAUAAACCACAAAACAGCGAACAUUAUUUUUUGAAAAACCGCGAUAGAGCAAGGGAGUGAUGUUCUUGUAAAAUAUUUUUUCUGAUAAUAUUACAACUUUAUUCUAAUAAUUAAACAUUUUUUGUUUCAAAGUUAUGUCAUUUUUGUAAAAUUCCGAUUUAUUUUCUGGUAAUAUUCCAACUUAAUUACUAUAAUAUUUAAUAGUUUUCUUAACAAGGAUCACUACAGCAGGUCAAUCGCAUGCAUGGUCGGCUUAGUGUUCAACCCGGAUGGAACCCUGCCAAGAAAUCAAACCGAUGCCCUCUGCCUUCUCAUAAAUGAACACUUGGUGAAAUCCCAACGUCCUUAUAGUUUGUCUUCAUUGGCAGCUUCCACUGUGUCACGCUGCUGACGUCACACUAUUUCCAAGACAUAUCAGGAAUACCCCAGAUAGUGUACUUGUACACCGAAGAGAAGCACAUGAAUUCUCUGUCACGAGUUACCUCCUCUCACCUUGGUGCUGACGGAGAAUAACAGCGACCCUCUCACCUCUUAUCACUUUAAUUAAUCUUGUGCAUCUUGUGCAUAAUUAACAAACUGCAUUAUCUGCAGCAGCACCAAAAGGCCGGGUCAGCUUGACGGACACAAAGGAAUGUCCAGACAAUGCACACAAGUCAUUUGAACCAGCACAAGAUACUAUUUCACUUUAAAUUGGAGCAGGAAACGCACCCAGAUUAAUAGAAUAAAGUCAGAAAAGUACAGGAAUUUUUUUUUUCAUAAAGUCUUAAUCUUAUGACGGGGUAAAAUCCACUUUGUUUUAGGAAAAAAGUUGUGAUUUUUCACAUUAAGAGAUUUUCUUGUCAUGUACAUUUUUUCUAGCAAAAGUCCCACUUAUUGACUUUGGUGUCAUAAUACUCUACAUUUUUUUCUGACAGAAUUACAACUUGCAAUUUAACUGCAAAAAACAGCUUGAUAAGAAUAAAGUAGUAGUUCUAUCAGAAAAAAAGUCACAAUCUGAUGAGAAGAUGUAAUUUUACAAAAAAAUAAUUGUCAUAAUUUUACCAACAAAGAAAACUUUUUAUGUUCAAAUACAUACGUUCAGACAGUUAAGUCACUGGAUCCCAAACAUUUAUGUUUUAAUCUGAAAAACAAAGAUUAGUCUUUAGCACCAUCAAAAAUGUGCAUCACAUGGUUUACUUUGAACACCCGCUACAAUGACAACUGAAUAUUCAAACAUAAAACAACAGAGAAACAUACUAUAAAUUAAUAAGUAGUUAAUUCCUGUUAGUUUUCUACUAUUACAGCUUUUUCAAUCAAAGCUAACCUUCAACUUUUUUUGCCAUUCUUUAGUUGUAGCUUCAUUGUUUAGCUUUGACCUUGUUCUAAUGCACCGCUAUGCCCCUAGUGGCGCUUGGGUGGCAUUAUAACCAUAGAUGAAAUACUGUAAUGUGUGGAACAAAUGUUGUGUGACUCCUUGUAUUCUUUGUAAAUACUUUGCUUUAAAAAAAAAUUCUGUGUGUGUUUCUUCUGAGCCUUCCUCACAUAUUUUCAUUUUGCGUUUUUUUUUUUUUUUUUAAUUGGGAGCGAAACAGUGUGGCUGUGUGAGGAUGCUCCAUGCAUAUUUAUUCAUAUUUAUUGAUGUGUUUUCUUACUUAUUUGUAUUUUAUUCUUUACAUGACCUGUCAUCAUUAAAGAUUGUUUGGAUCUGUU